AUGGAGCACUACCUUGGGCUUCGCAUUGAACAAACAGAGGCAGGCAUCAAGCUGUCGCAGCCUGACUUCAUCGACAAUCUUUUGGAGGACACAGGAAUGUCGGAUUGCUAUCCUGUUUCCACUCAGAUUGAACCGGGUCUGGUCACUGACGAUCUUUAUGACCCGAGUAUCGACAAGAGACAAUACCAGAGCGUGACGGGAUCGUUGCAAUGGCUUGCAUCCUAUACGCGACCUGAAAUCGCAAGGGUUGCAACAUUAUUGGCCUAG